AUGGCUCCCGCUCACCUCCGGCGUCCGCCGCAGGCCCCGCCCGUCUUCACUGCUACCCCGCAGUCCGUUGUCGCCGAUGCGGAGCGUCUCAUCAAGACCUCGCGUGCUGUCCAGGAUAAGGUUGUUGCGGAGGUGAAGCCCGAGUCGGCUACUUUCGCCGGCGUGCUGGGUCCUCUGUCUCAGGAUGAGAAUGUGAUGGCUUUGGAAGCGCAUAUCAUUGGCUUUUACCAGGCUGUAUCAACGGACCAGAAGCUCCGUGAUGCCUCGUCUAAGGCCGAGGAGCUCAUGGAUGAGUUCUUCAUUGAGUCCGUUAUGCGGGAGGAUGUGUUUAAGCUGGUGGAUGCUGUCUUGAACAAGAAUGAGACUUUGGACCCCGAGUCCCGCCGGCUGUUGGAGAAGGAGCACAAGGAUUUCAUUCGAAAUGGUCUUGGUCUGCCUGCGGGCGAGAAGCGUGCCCGUUUCAAGGAGAUCAAGAAGCGUCUCAGUCAGUUGAGUAUUGAGUUCCAGAAGAACUUGAACGAGGAGAACGGUGGUAUCUGGUUCACCCCCGAGCAAUUGGACGGUGUACCGGAUGAUGUCCUGUCUGGCCUGAAGAAGGGCGAGGGUGAGAAUGCCGGCAAGCUCUGGUUGACCUUCAAGUACCCCGAUCUGUUCCCCACGAUGAAGUAUGCCACCAACCCGGACACUCGUCGCCAGGUCAUGACCGCCAACGAGAACAAGUGCAACCAGAACGUGCCGCUUUUCCGGGAGGCAAUUGUGCUUCGUGAUGAGGCUGCUCGGCUACUGGGCUACCCCAACCACGCUGCCUUCCGCAUUGAGGAUAAGAUGGCCAAGACCCCUGAGACUGUGAACAAGUUCCUCGGCGAUCUGCGUUCUCGUCUUACCGCUGGCGGUAAGCGGGAGAUUCAGACUCUGAUGGAGCUGAAGAAGGCCACGGACCCGAAGGAUGAUGGUCGGUACUACCUCUGGGACCACCGGUUCUAUGACCGUUUGAUGCUGGAGAAGGAUUACUCUUUGGACCAACAGCUCAUUGCGGAGUACUUCCCGCUGCAGACUACCAUUGAGGGCAUGCUGAAGAUCUUCGAGGAGCUGUUCGGUUUGGAGUUUGUUGAGAUUGUUGGUGAGGACCGCGCGGCUGUGGCUCCCACUGGCAAGGGUGAUGAUAUUGUCUGGCAUGAGGACGUGCAGGUGUUUAGCGUGUGGGAUGAUGCUGGUGAGGGCAAUGGCUUUGUCGGAUAUCUCUAUCUGGACUUGUUCCCUCGUGAGGGCAAGUAUGGCCACGCUGCCAACUUCAACCUCCAGCCGGGCUUCAUCGACGGACAAGGAAACCGCCGCUAUCCUGCCACCGCGCUGGUGUGCAAUUUCACCAAGCCCACCGCCAAGAAGCCCAGUCUCCUCAAGCACGACGAAGUCGUCACUCUCUUCCACGAGCUGGGUCACGGUAUCCACGACCUCGUCUCCAAGACCAUCUACUCCCGCUUCCAUGGUACCAACACCGUGCGGGACUUUGUCGAGGCCCCCAGCCAGAUGCUCGAGAACUGGUGCUGGACGCCCUCGCAGCUCCGUGCCCUGAGCCGUCACUAUUCCACCCUCUCUCCCGAGUAUCUCGCCGGCUGGCAAGAAGCCCACCAAGCCCGCAGCGGUGGCAAGACCGCCACCGCACCUCCAUCCGAGCGCAUCCCCGACGAUGUCAUUGACAACCUCAUCCGCACCAAGCACGUCAACGACGCCCUCUUCAACCUGCGCCAGCUCCACUUCGGCAUCUUCGACAUGACCGUCCACGAACCCUCCAGCCACGCCGAUAUCACCGCCCUCCCCAUCUCAGCGACCUACAACCGUCUCCGCCAGGAAAUCACCCAAAUGGACGGCCCUGAAGCCCUCGGCGCCAGCGACGACUGGGGCCACGGCGAAGCCACCUUUGGCCAUCUGAUCGGUGGUUAUGAUGCUGGUUACUAUGGUUAUCUCAGCUCCCAGGUUUACUCGACUGAUAUGUUCUAUACUGUCUUCAAGGAUGAUCCUAUGAACAAGGAGCAUGGUCGUCGGUACCGGUAUACCGUGCUGGAGAAGGGUGGUAGUCAGGAUGAGAUGACUACGCUUACGCAGUUUUUGGGUCGUGAGCCUCGUACUGAUGCGUUUUAUCAAGAGCUGGGGCUUGCGUAA